UGAAUUACACUCUGGGCCUUACACUGGUGUGUAACUCCAUGACAGAGCACUGGCCUAGCAUACUUGAAGUUCUGGGUUCCACUUCCAGUAUUACAAAACAAAAUAAGUGUUAUUUAUCCAUGGAGGAUGGUAAUGGAAAUCUGUUUUUCCCUUUAUAUUCAUUUCACUUUUUUUGUGUAUGUGUCAAGUAGCUGUACAGAAAACUAAACUAAAACUAAACAUUUGAAGUAGUAGAAAAGAUUAAUCACAAAAAUAUGUAAAUGUUAAGACCUAAUUCUGCAAAAUUUAGCAAUAGGAAGAAAAUCUAUUGCCUGAUUAAAAAUAUUUUUACUUGAUGAAACUUUUCCCUACCCCUUACACAAAACUUUCAAAGAAAUCUUUCUCUGGGAAUUUUACCAUCAAAAUAAAUUAACCUUAUAAAAUAACUUCAAAGUGUAUAAUCUAUCCAUGUACUUAUUCAGCAGUCUUCUAUAAUGUAUAAUACAUAGUAAAAGUAUAAACCCUUAACAUAUAAGUGUGUUUCCAAAGAGGAUUGGACAUAGUAAUUACUUCUGAAAGUUGAAAGACAUUGAAGUAAAUGACACACCGUAAAAUUACAACUAUGUACAUAUCUGGAGUGUGUAGAAUUCUACCAAAAAGUUUAUGUGAAGCGCAAAAAAAACCCUAGUGAUUUAAUACAGAAAUUUCAAGGUGGCUCUGUGGCGCAAUGGAUAGUUGAUUGAACUCCUAGUGACAAGAAUUUUCAUUCCACUUUACUUACAAAUUAGAUAUCCACACAUGGCCAUUUCUUUUGAAACAUAAGUGCUAUUUUUUUAAAAUAGAAAAAUCUUAAAUUCUGAUGAGAAGAGAGGCUUGUUUUCUUCACCGAUAAUCAAAUGUUGCCUGUCCUGCUGGGUGCUGUGGCUUACGGGGGUUAAGUACUAGCUGCUCAGAAGCUGGGGCAGGAGAAUGGCUGGAAGCCAAGCAUUCCAGCCCAGCCUGAGCGACCCUGUCUCCAGGAGACCCCCUAUCUUAAAAAUAAAAACCCCAAAGGGGAAAAGUUGAGUUUCUCCGUCGGUGUAGUAACGAUUUAGGACUGUGAGCGCCGCUGUUCACCAACUCUAAGAAAAACAGCUUCGUCCGGAUUUCCAGAUCCGCAGCCACACAAAGCCCCGCGUUCCUCACGAAACCUCUUACCCAGGGGGACACCCUAGCUCUCAUCUGGGGGAAAAAGAAAAAAAAACAAAUCGGACUUUGCAGGAGGAAAAGACGGCGCUGAGGAGCCUGCGCGCACCGGGAGCCUUCGGAGAAAAUCCCCGAGCCCAGCAACAAUGGCUGCGCCCAGGGCGCGGCGGUGUGCCCGGAGGCUGGCCCUCCUCUGCGCGCUCCUGGGGAUGCUGUGGGGCGCCGGGGCCGGGCAGAUCCGCUACUCCGUGUGGGAGGAGCUGGACAAAGGCUCCUUCGUGGGGAACCUCUCCCGGGACCUGGGGCUGGAGCCCGGGGCGCUGGCGCAGCGCGGGGUGCGCAUCGUCUCCCGAGGUCGGGCGCAGCUUUUCUCUCUGGACGCGCGCAGCGGCGGCUUGGUGACGGCGGGCAGGAUCGACCGCGAGGAGCUCUGCGCCCAGAGCGCGCGCUGCCUGGUGACCUUUAAAGUCCUGGUGGAGGACAGGGUGAAACUGUACGGAAUAGAGGUGGAAGUAACCGAUGUCAACGACAAUGCUCCCAAGUUUGAGGCUGACAAUCUGGAAGUGAAAAUUAGCGAAAUGGCGGGCCCCGGAGAGCGCUUCCCUCUCCCCGAAGCUGCAGACGCAGACGUGGGCGCCAACUCCCUGCAGAGCUACCAGCUCAGCCCCAGCCUCCACUUCUCCCUCCAUGUGCAAAGCGGGGACGACGGAACCCUGAGCCCAGAGCUGGUGCUCGAGCGCGCCCUGGACCGGGAGGAGGCGGCCAAUCACCACCUGGUCCUCACCGCCUCCGAUGGCGGCCACCCUCCCCGCUCCAGCACCAUGCGCAUCCAGGUGACAGUGUUGGAUACCAACGACAAUGCCCCGGUGUUUGCUCAGCCGAUCUACCGAGUGAAAGUCCUGGAGAACGUGCCCCCGGGGACCCUGCUGCUCACGGUAAGAGCUAGUGACCCCGAUGAGGGAGCCAACGGAAAAGUAGUGUACAAAUUCUGGAAAAUCAAUGAAAAGCAAUCUCCAUUAUUCCAUCUUCAUGAAGACACGGGGGAAAUCUCAGUGGCACAAAAUCUAGAUUAUGAAGAAUGUUCUUCGUAUGAGAUGGAAAUCCAGGCUGAGGAUGGCGGGGGAUUGAAAGGGAGAACCAAAGUGCUGAUUUUGGUGGACGAUGUCAACGACAACAGGCCCGAAGUAGCCAUUACCUCCCUAUUUAGCCCAGUCAGAGAAGAUGCUCCAACAGGAACGGUACUCAUUCUUUUCAAUGCUCAUGACCAAGACUCGGGGGGAAAUGGCCAAGUUGUCUGUUCCAUCCAGGAAAAUCCAUCUUUCAAAUUAGAAAGUUCAGGAGACGAUGAUUAUAGACUGUUGACAGCCCAAAGCCUUGAUCGAGAGACAGCAUCUGAAUAUAACAUCACCGUGACAGCAAAAGACAGAGGAACCCCAUCCCUAUCCACAGAAGUUCACAUCACCCUGCACGUGACCGACAUCAACGACAAUCCUCCUACCUUCUCUCAAGCCUCCUACUCAGUCUACCUCCCGGAAAACAACCCCAGAGGCACCUCCAUCUUCUCUGUGACUGCCCACGACCCGGAUGACAAUGAGAAUGCUAAGAUUACUUACUCCUUGGUGGAGGACACCAUCCAGGGAGCACCACUAUCCUCAUACAUCUCCAUCAACUCCGACACCGGCACGCUAUAUGCAUUGCAAUCUUUUGACUAUGAGCACUUUCAACAUCUGCAAAUGCAAGUGAAGGCACAUGAUGGCGGGAACCCACCACUCAGCAGCAAUGUGUCAUUGAGCCUGUUCUUGGUGGAUCAGAAUGACAACACUCCCAAGAUCCUGUACCCUGCCCUCCCUACAGAUGGUUCCACUGGUGUAGAACUGACACCUCGCUCUGCAGAGCCAGGAUACCUGGUAACUAAGGUGGUGGCCGUGGACAAAGACUCAGGACAGAAUGCCUGGCUGUCCUACCGCCUGCUCAAGGCCAGCGAGCCGGGGCUCUUCACGGUGGGGCUGCACACGGGUGAGGUGCGCACGGCGCGGGCCCUGCUGGACAGAGACGCGCUCAAGCAGAGCCUCGUGGUGGCGGUGCAGGACCACGGCCAGCCGCCCCUCUCGGCCACCGUCACCCUCACCGUCGCCGUGGCCGACAGCAUCCCGGAGGUCCUGGCCGACCUGGGCAGCAUCAAGACCCCUGCUGACCUGGAGGACUCUGAUCUCACGCUGUACCUGGUAGUGGCAGUAGCUGUGAUCUCCUGUGUCUUCCUGGCCUUUGUUCUGGUGCUGCUGGUGCUCAGGAUACGUCGCUGGCACUCCUCCAGUGUGCUGCAGACUGGGAGCGGCAGGUUGACUGGCGUGCCUACCUCGCACUUUGUGGGUGUGGAUGGGGUGCAAGCUUUCCUGCAGACCUAUUCCCAAGAGUUUUCUCUCACAGCUGACUCUGGAAAGAGCCACCUAAUCUUCCCUCAGCCCAACUAUGCGGACAUGCUCAUCAGCCAGGAGAGCUGUGAGAAAAGUGAGCCUUUGGGUGAUUCAGUGGACUCCAGGUUUCCCAUUGAAGACACUCCUUUGGUUCCUCAAGCCCCGCCCAACACGGACUGGCGUUUCUCCCAGGCCCAGAGACCCGGCACCAGCGGCUCCCAAAAUGGCGAUGAGACCGGCACCUGGCCCAACAACCAAUUUGACACCGAGAUGUUGCAGGCGAUGAUCCUGGCCUCGGCCAGCGAGGCCGCUGACGGAAGCUCCACCCUGGGAGGGGGCGCCGGGACCAUGGGCCUGAGCGCCCGCUACGGCCCCCAGUUCACGCUGCAGCACGUGCCCGACUACCGCCAGAACGUCUACAUCCCGGGCAGCAACGCCACGCUGACCAACGCGGCAGGCAAGCGGGACGGCAAGGCCCCGGCCGGCGGCAACGGCAACAAGAAGAAGUCGGGCAAGAAGGAGAAGAAGUAGUGGCGGAGGCCGGGCCGAGAGCCACCGGCCGCCUCCUCCCCACGCAAGCAGCCGGCUCUUCACCUUACCUGACCCAGGUCUCAGAAGUCCAGGCCCCCCCUCUCCCCAGGAUAUUGGUAGAGGCCCAGGCCAUGCUCCCCUUGGGAAACAGAAACAAGUGCCCAGUCAACACCCCCCCCCUUUCUCUGCCCACAGUGUGGGGGGGGGUUGAAUAUGCAAGGGGAGUUCUGCUGGGAACCCCCAUCCAAUCAAUUGCUGUACCCAUGGGGGUGGUGGGGGCAAGUGGCGACACCUAGAACCACCUGUCCCACGCCCUUCACUUUCAGCUGAACUCGUCCAUCUUCCAGCUCAAUCAGGCCAUGCACCCCCAUCCUCCCCCUCCCCCUCCCCCCUGCUGGUU